AUGUCAGUAACCAGUGACACAGGAAACAGGACCUUUAAAAAGAGAACUUUAGGCCUUGCAGAUGCUGCCACUGCCCCUAUCUUCCCACACCCAGCCACGGUCAACCCCACCGUGUUUUUUGACAUCCCCGCCUAUGGCGAGCCUUUGGGCCGCAUCUCCUUCAAGCUGUUUGCAGACAAAGUUCCAAAGACAGCAGAAAACUUUCAUGCUCUGAGCACUGGAGAGAAAGGAUGUGGUUAUAAAGGUUCCUGCUUUCACAGAAUUACUCUGGGACUUAUGUGCCAGGGUGGUGACUUCACACGCCACAGUGGUAGAGAUGGCAAGUGCAUCUCCAUCUGUGGGGAGAAAUUUGAUGAUGAAAAUUUCACCUUGAAGCACACAGGUCCUGGCAUCUUGUCCAUGGCAGAUGCUGGACCCAACACAAAUGGUCCUCAGUUUUUUAUCUGCACUGCAAAGACUGAGUGGCUGGAUGGCAAGUGUGUGGUCAAUGGCAUGGAUGUUGUGACAGCCAUGGAGCACUACAGGUCCAGGAAUGGCAACACCAGCCAGAAGAUCACCAUUGCUGACUGUGGGCAACUCUAA